AUGAGUAAGGGAGACGUCGUGGCGGUAUUUUGUAACGAGGAACAUGAGGAAGAGGUGAUGUCGAGACUCAACGUCUUGGAAGGGUUCCCAUACAGGAUGUUUUCACUACGUAAUGGCCCGUCUAUGUACCUUGCCGUGCGAUCCUUCUUUGCUUCUCGCGAGAUGUAUCGAUGUGCAUUGAACCUUUGUACUGGUUCUACCGAAGACGAACGUUCUGGUAGUCCUGUGGUUUUGGCUUCUCUUUUUGAACAUUGUGGGGUCACAUACGCUGGUUGUCGCUAUGAUUUGCUGAAACAACCAUUAGAUAUUCUUUUUAUGAUAUGUUUUUAUGCUGGAAUGCCGUUGCCUAGAUUCUCUGUUAUAAGGACAGGUGCGGAUAUUGAACUAUUUGAUCUACAGUUUCCUGUUAGGUUGCGUAAUGCUGACCCUCUUCAAGGUACCUUUGACUGCGUUUUAGAGAAGGAGUCAACAUUGCAUGAGGUAUUAAAGGAUGCUGUAAAGAACUACGGUAAGGUGGUGGUGUGGGAAGUGAGCGGAAAAAAAUCUACCGAAAUGGAAGUGUUGGUUUCAGGUGCCGGUUUUGUUGCUUUCACUCAGGAAAGUAUACAAGAUAAUAUAUUAGUGCAACGUUUUACUCCUGCUAUAGAAAAAUAUGCGGCAUCUUUUGCAAAAGGUGUUUUGGAUAAAAAUGGAUACGCUAAAUUACUUUUUAAUAAAAGCAGACAUACAGAUGAUUUAGUCCUUGAAAGUGUAAAUCUUGAAUGUUCUUUGAUUGAUUUAAACUCGAUUAUUUUAUCGCCUGCAGCUACCAAAGAUUUUUUAGAGGAGUGCAUUCGUGAGUGUGAACGAGGGUGCAAACCACCGGUUAUUGAACUACGUUUUGGGGGAUCGAACAAGGGUUACUUUCUUUGUGCUGCUAAGGAAAUCAAAAAAGGAGAGUACGUUUUUGAGGAUGAAGGGCGUAGUUUCUCUAUUGUGACAAAACCUUUUGUUAUGAAGCGGUGGGAUGCUGAAAAAAAGGUUCUCUUCGCCGAGUAUGCAUGGCCUCUAGAUGCUGAUGGUCAUGUGUAUGCUAUUUGGGAAAAAGAUCCAUGUAGGUGGCGACCCAUUAAUCAUUCCUGUGAUCCUAAUUGUAUAUUUGAUGAGGGACAUUCAUUAAAUGUGGUCGCCGCCCGUGACAUUAGUAAGGGAGAUGAACUUACAAUGGACUAUUCUACUUUUUGUGAUUAUACAAUGAAGCCCUUUUCAUGUUUUUGUGGUUCAGUCUGUUGUCGUGGACUCAUUAUUCCUGAUGAGACCUCAUUAAAGAAGUAUGGCACUCACACAUGGCACCGACGACCACCUUUUCGUCCUUCAGAGAAUUCUUGA